ACACUGCCGCUGACGCAAGGCUGUUGUUGAUUGAGGCAGAAGUGUGAUCGAGUUCAGAAAAAAUCUCAUCGGCAAGAGGCAGACAAGAAAAAGAAAAAGCUGCUGUUUGCUGGAACAUCUCAAUGGAUGUAAAACAGGAGACCUGUGAUGUGGACGCAAAUAUCAUAGAGAAAACUGUAAAUUUUAAGGAGGAGGACUGUGAGUGGAAGUCCAUCUACCUUAAACGGGAAAGUCUGAGCAUCAAGGAGGAGAACAGUGAACUGCAGCCAGUAGGCAUUAAAGAAGAACCAGUAGAGAAGUCUGUCAGUAUUGAGACACAUAACCAUACAAAUCUGGACAGUGUAAAAGAAGACAACCUUAAUGAUGGGUGUCAAGAUGAAGUGGUGACCAGGUUAGACUCUUCUCAGAGCAGACAGAGUUCAUCUCCAGAGCCUUCUAUCAAUGUGAAGUAUGAAUCAUUAGAGUCUGAACCAAAGAGGGCUGUGGAAACUACAUCUGUUAGAGCUCAGAAAAAUAAGCGACCACCUUCAAAGAAGUCUGGAAAAAGAAAGAAAGAUCACUGCAGUGUGGAAUGUGGCAGAGAAUUCUCUAACAGGAGUGCUCUUCAGAUACACACGAGAGUUCACACCAGAGAGAAGACAUAUUGCUGUAAUGAAUGCGAUAAACAUUUUUCACAAAAAGGCAAUCUUCAGAUACACACGAGAGUUCACACUGGAGAGAAGCCAUAUUGCUGUAAUGAAUGUGGUAAACAGUUUUCAAAUAAAGGCAAUCUUCAGAAACACAUGAGAGUUCACACCAGAGAGAAGCCAUAUUGCUGUAAUGAAUGUGGUAAACAGUUUUCAAAUAAAGGCAAUCUUCAGAUACACACGACAAUUCACACCGGAGAGAAGACAUGUUGCUGUAAUGAAUGUGGUAAACAGUUUUCACGUAAAGGCAAUCUUCAGAGACACACUAGAGUUCACACCGGAGAGAAGCCAUAUUGCUGUAAUGAAUGUGGUAAACAGUUUUCACGUAUGAGCAGUCUUCAGAUACACACAAGAGCUCACACCGGAGAGAAGCCAUAUUGCUGUAAUGAAUGUGGUAAACUGUUUUCACAUAAAGGCCAUCUUCAGAUACACACGAGAGUUCACACCGGAGAGAAGCCAUAUUGCUGUAAUCAAUGUGGCAAACAGUUUUCAGAGAAGAAAACUCUACAGAAACACAUGAGAGUUCACACCGGAGAGAAGCCAUAUUGCUGUAAUGUAUGUGGUAAACCGUUUUCACAAAAAGGCCAUCUUCAGAUACACACGAGAGUUCAUACAGGAAUCAAACGUCACGGCUGUUUUGAAUGUGGGAAAAAGUUUUCACGGAGAAGCCAUCUUCAGCGCCACCAUAGAAUUCACACAGGAGAGAAUUCAUAUUGCUGUUCUGAAUGUGGCAAACAAUUCUCACACCGUAAUACUCUCCUGAUACACAUGAAAAUUCACUCGGGAGAGACGCCAUAUUGCUGCUUUGAAUGUGGCAAACAGUUUUUACAGAGAAGCCAUCUUCAGAGCCACCAAAGAAUUCACACAGGGGAGAAGCCAUAUUGCUGUUCUGAUUGUGGAAAAACGUUUUCUUGGAAAAGCUAUCUUCAGAGCCACCAAAGAAUUCACACAGGAGAGAAGCCGUAUUGUUGUUCUGAAUGUGGCAAAGCAUUUUCAUGGAAAAACUAUCUUCAUACCCACCAAAGAAUUCACACAGGAGAGAAGCCGUAUUGCUGUACUGAAUGUGACAAAAAGUUUUCACGGAGAAGCUGUCUUCAGAGACAUGAAAGAACUCACAUAAGAGAGAAAACAAAUUAUAGAAACUCCCCCACCUUGUCCACAGCUGAACACAGUACAAUAUGCUAAGCAGAAGAAGAAAGAAUUCAAAAGGUUUUAAAACAAAAAUGAACAAACUGGGGAAACUAAAAGUGAAGUGGUGAAUACUUCCCCUCUCCAGCAGCCUCAUGUGGACACAGAACUCAACCAUGUAUGGCUUAUGAGGGGCGAACUAACCAAAAGGUGAACACCUAAUCAUAGGUGCACAAAACAGUGGCUUAGAGAGAAGAAGGUUCAGAUCAUUGGUAGAAAAAAAUUACAAAAAUAAUCCAGAAUUGUUGCUCCUAAUAAAGAAAACUGGAAAUAGUCACACAUCUCAUUGCUGAGUUCAAGGUACUGAUUGUUGAAGGAUUAUACACUGCACAACAGCACAAAGUUGCCAGGCUCAUUGGCUGGAUACUCUGCAAGAAGUACAUCUUACCACCACCACAAAGACACUGGGACCACAACUCAGACCACACAAUGGAAAAUGAGGAGGUGCAGGUCAGUUGUGGAACAACAGUACUGACUGAAAAACAGAGGCCAGAAAACCAGACGUAAUGGUAUCAGUUCCUAAUUUCUACUCAGUCCUAAGAUUGGAGAGAUGAGAUAUGACAAAUGAAAUAUGGGACAAAAAAAUAGUUCCUGUUUUUUUAGGAUCAACAAGAUUGAUAAAGAAAAACUUUUAGGCUCGUCUUAACAAAUUACAGUGCCUCCUUAUGACCUGCAAAAAGAAGCCUUAGUAGGAACAAUGCAGGUUCUAAACUGCAUCCUUGUGGCAAACUUAAGAGAGUGAGAAGUUAAGAAGUACAAUGAGACUGUCCUGACUAAAGAGUGAAGUUCACUCCUGUUUUGAGAGUAUGCACACCAAGAAAAUUUGGAAAAAUUUAAACCUGAGAGUAGUAUUGCUCUUCUGAAUGUGGUAGACAAUUCCAGCACAGAAAUACUCCUCUGAUCCACACUAAAAUACACAAAGGAGAGAUGACUUAUGGGUGUUCUGAAUGUGGCAAACAGUUUUCAUGAAGGAACAAACUUUUGGAUACAACAUCUACAUUUAAGCACAUUUCCAUAUAAACAAUGUAGCUCCAACUGCUUUACAAGUUGAAAUAAAAAGUAAUAUAAAACAUAAUUCAAGAUUAGGCAGUAAUACUAUACAGUAUGUAACAAACAAAAAUGUAAUGUCAAAUGGCUAGCAGGGCAGAAAAAAAGCAACAGUUCUGGUUAGGCUAAAGAAAAAUAAUCUGCAGGGGAUCUAAGACAAAACUACUAAAAUCCUGCACGGCCCCCACUGGGCAUUCCACCUAACAUUCUACCUCAAUCAGUCCUCAUGGUUUACAUGCUUCACAUGAAGAAUUUGAUGAUGGCCAUGUGGACCCCUGGGACAUCUGGAAUUCAAUCCAUAAACACAAGGCAGUGUGGUAUCUUGAUGAGCUGGUGGAGUACAUCGUCACCACAGAUGAAAUGGAAGAUACAGCAGAGAAUGGUACAGAUUAAUAUGGAACUGCAGAACCCAGAGGAAAAUUAGAAUUCAGUGCCCAUAUAGACUAACAGGGAUACAACUAAAAAUGUAGCUAUAAAAAGCCAUUUUUUAAAAUUGUUCUACAGUAUUAGCCUGCUGAUUUUUCUAUUGCUAAAGUAUUCUAAAUUUUAGGUGUGUAACAGCAACAGGCCAUCUUACCAAUUCUUUUCAGAUUGGCUCUUGAAAUUAUAAGCAAUCUGAGGUUAUGAGUGGGAGUG